UGUCACAAACGUCACCACAUCCUCUGUGUCUGUGGACUGGAGCGAACCAGAAGGAAACAGCUCCUUCUAUAGAGUACAGUGGACAGAUGGACAUUUCAAUGACACUUCGUAUGUGUCUGAAACAUCUAUGACCAUUAGUAAACUGAUUGCUGGUGUCCAGUAUAAAAUAAAUGUUACUGCAGUGGCAGAUGACAACCAUACUGACGGACAGAGCACUGCUGUUACUCAAUACACAAAGCCUGAAGUAGUCUGUAACCUCAGUGUCACUAACAUCACCACAUCCUCAGUGUAUGUGAUGUGGACUGAACCAAAGGGAAACCGCUCCUUUUAUAGAGUACAUUGGUCUAAUGGAUCAACUAACAGGAGGGACAGUGUCACUGAAACAAAACUAAACAUCACUGAGCUGACUGCUGGAGUGAAUUACAGUUUUACUGUCAUAGCAGUGGCUGGAGAUAACCAAACAGAAAGUGAAAUGGCACAGAUUUUUCAUCAUACAAGACCAGGUAUAAUUGGAAACCAUCAUAUUGUGUCCCAAAACACCUCCUCCAUCUCUGUGAACUGGGCCUCACCUCCUGGUGAGGUGUUCAUGUACAGGUUGGAGUGGCACAAUGGUGGAGUGCUGAUGACUAGAUACACAAAUGAUACCUUUGCUGUGCUGUCAGAGCUGAUCUCUGGUACUAACUACACAAUCACCGUCACAGCUGUUGCUGGAGACAAUGAGACAGAAGGAGACCCUUACACAUUCACUUCAUUCACAAGGCCUGAACUAGUCAGAAAUCUCACUGUCACAAACGUCACCACAUCCUCUGUGUCUGUGGACUGGAGUGAACCAGAAGGAAACAGCUCCUUCUAUAGAGUACAGUGGACAGAUGGACAAUUCAAUGACACUUCGUAUGUGUCUGAAACAUCUAUGACCAUUAGUAAACUGAUUGCUGGUGUCCAGUAUAAAAUAAAUGUUACUGCAGUGGCAGAUGACAACCAUACUGACGGACAGAGCACUGCUGUUACUCAAUACACAAAGCCUGAAGUAGUCUGUAACCUCAGUGUCACUAACAUCACCACAUCCUCAGUGUAUGUGAUGUGGACUGAACCAAAGGGAAACCGCUCCUUUUAUAGAGUACAUUGGUCUAAUGGAUCAACUAACAAGAGGGACAGUGUCACUGAAACAAAACUAAACAUCACUGAGCUGACUGCUGGAGUGAAUUACAGUUUUACUGUCAUAGCAGUGGCUGGAGAUAACCAAACAGAAAGUGAAAUGGCACAGAUUUUUCAACAUACAAGACCAGGUAUAAUUGGAAACCAUCAUAUUGUGUCCCAAAACACCUCCUCCAUCUCUGUGAACUGGACCUCACCUCCUGGUGAGGUGUUCAUGUACAGGUUGGAGUGGCACAAUGGUGGAGUGCUGAUGACUAAAUACACAAAUGAUACCUUUGCUGUGCUGUCAGAGCUGAUCUCUGGUACUAACUACACAAUCACCGUCACAGCUGUUGCUGGAGACAAUGAGACAGAAGGAGACCCUUACACAUUCACCUCAUUCACAAGGCCUGAACUAGUCAGAAAUCUCACUGUCACAAACGUCACCACAUCCUCUGUGUCUGUGGACUGGAGUGAACCAGAAGGAAACAGCUCCUUCUAUAGAGUACAGUGGACAGAUGGACAAUUCAAUGACACUUCGUAUGUGUCUGAAACAUCUAUGACCAUUAGUAACCUGACUGCUGGUGUCCAGUAUAAAAUAAUUGUUACUGCAGUGGUAGAUGACAACCAUACUGACGGACAGAGCACUGCUGUUACUCAAUACACAAAGCCUGAAGUAGUCUGUAACCUCAGUGUCACUAACAUCACCACAUCCUCAGUGUAUGUGAUGUGGACUGAACCAAAGGGAAACCGCUCCUUUUAUAGAGUACAUUGGUCUAAUGGAUCAACUAACAGGAGGGACAGUGUCACUGAAACAAAACUAAACAUCACUGAGCUGACUGCUGGAGUGAAUUACAGUUUUACUGUCAUAGCAGUGGCUGGAGAUAACCAAACAGAAAGUGAAAUGGCACAGAUUUUUCAACAUACAAGACCAGGUAUAAUUGGAAACCAUCAUAUUGUGUCCCAAAACACCUCCUCCAUCUCUGUGAACUGGGCCUCACCUCCUGGUGAGGUGUUCAUGUACAGGUUGGAGUGGCACAAUGGUGGAGUGCUGAUGACUAGAUACACAAAUGAUACCUUUGCUGUGCUGUCAGAGCUGAUCUCUGGUACUAACUACACAAUCACCGUCACAGCUGUUGCUGGAGACAAUGAGACAGAAGGAGACCCUUACACAUUCACCUCAUUCACAAGGCCUGAACUAGUCAGAAAUCUCACUGUCACAAACGUCACCACCUCCUCUGUGUCUGUGGACUGGAGUGAACCAGAAGGAAACAGCUCCUUCUAUAGAGUACAGUGGACAGAUGGACAAUUCAAUGACACUUCGUAUGUGUCUGAAACAUCUAUGACCAUUAGUAACCUGACUGCUGGUGUCCAGUAUAAAAUAAAUGUUACUGCAGUGGCAGAUGACAACCAUACUGACGGACAGAGCACUGCUGUUACUCAAUACACAAAGCCUGAAGUAGUCUGUAACCUCAGUGUCACUAACAUCACCACAUCCUCAGUGUAUGUGAUGUGGACUGAACCAAAGGGAAACCGCUCCUUUUAUAGAGUACAUUGGUCUAAUGGAUCAACUAACAGGAGGGACAGUGUCACUGAAACAAAACUAAACAUCACUGAGCUGACUGCUGGAGUGAAUUACAGUUUUACUGUCAUAGCAAUGGCUGGAGAUAACCAAACAGAAAGUGAAAUGGCACAGAUUUUUCAACAUACAAGACCAGGUAUAAUUGGAAACCAUCAUAUUGUGUCCCAAAACACCUCCUCCAUCUCUGUGAACUGGACCUCACCUCCUGGUGAGGUGUUCAUGUACAGGUUGGAGUGGCACAAUGGUGGAGUGCUGAUGACUAAAUACACAAAUGAUACCUUUGCUGUGCUGUCAGAGCUGAUCUCUGGUACUAACUACACAAUCACCGUCACAGCUGUUGCUGGAGAAAAUGAGACAGAAGGAGACCCUUACACAUUCACCUCAUUCACAAGGCCUGAACUAGUCAGAAAUCUCACUGUCACAAACGUCACCACAUCCUCUGUGUCUGUGGACUGGAGUGAACCAGAAGGAAACAGCUCCUUCUAUAGAGUACAGUGGACAGAUGGACAAUUCAAUGACACUUCGUAUGUGUCUGAAACAUCUAUGACCAUUAGUAACCUGACUGCUGGUGUCCAGUAUAAAAUAAAUGUUACUGCAGUGGCAGAUGACAACCAUACUGACGGACAGAGCACUGCUGUUACUCAAUACACAAAGCCUGAAGUAGUCUGUAACCUCAGUGUCACUAACAUCACCACAUCCUCAGUGUAUGUGAUGUGGACUGAACCAAAGGGAAACCGCUCCUUUUAUAGAGUACAUUGGUCUAAUGGAUCAACUAACAGGAGGGACAGUGUCACUGAAACAAAACUAAACAUCACUGAGCUGACUGCUGGAGUGAAUUACAGUUUUACUGUCAUAGCAGUGGCUGGAGAUAACCAAACAGAAAGUGAAAUGGCACAGAUUUUUCAUCAUACAAGACCAGGUAUAAUUGGAAACCAUCAUAUUGUGUCCCAAAACACCUCCUCCAUCUCUGUGAACUGGACCUCACCUCCUGGUGAGGUGUUCAUGUACAGGUUGGAGUGGCACAAUGGUGGAGUGCUGAUGACUAAAUACACAAAUGAUACCUUUGCUGUGCUGUCAGAGCUGAUCUCUGGUACUAACUACACAAUCACCGUCACAGCUGUUGCUGGAGACAAUGAGACAGAAGGAGACCCUUACACAUUCACCUCAGUCACAAGGCCUGAACUAGUCAGAAAUCUCACUGUCACAAACGUCACCACAUCCUCUGUGUCUGUGGACUGGAGUGAACCAGAAGGAAACAGCUCCUUCUAUAGAGUACAGUGGACAGAUGGACAAUUCAAUGACACUGUGGAUGUGUCUGAAACAUCUAUGACCAUCAGUAACCUGACUGCUGGUGUCCAGUAUGAAGUAAUUGUUACUGCAGUGGCAGAUGACAACCAUACUGACGGACAGAGCACUGCUGUUACUCAAUACACAAGGCCUGCGAAGCCUGGGGGCAUUACAGGACAAGGAACUAAUAGCUUGUCUGUCAGCUGGACUUUGCCUAAAGGGGAGGUUGAUCAUUACGUGGUGACAAUCUCAAAUACAAUACUGAACUAUUCGAUUACCAACAUAACAGAAGCCACCACAGCCAACUUUACUGAUUUAUAUCCUGGGAGAAUCUAUGAUAUCAGAGUGACAGCUGUAGCUGGAAACUUAAAUAACACGUCUGACCAGGCUUCACUUGCAACUAGUCCCACGCCUCCUGGUUCCAUUAUCAUCAGUGACAGGACAAACUCGUCGCUCCUCCUGAAGUGGGCGAUUCCUGUCUUGAUGGAGGGUGCUCCAGACAUCAGCUACUAUAUCACUUAUCACCAGUCUGAGCGUAGCGAGCUACAAAAUAAAACCUCCACAGUCAAUAGCACAGAGCUGUCCCUGCUUUUCUCUGGAAUUCGCUACAAUAUAACUGUCGAAACAGUUGGACCCCAAAAUUUAAGGAGCACGGCUGUCAAUUAUUCUACUUUCACCCUGCCCAACCCUGUGUUGAACAUUGCAGCCCACCCUAAAUCCACCACCUCGAUCAGAGUGGAAUGGUCAUACCCGCUGGGAGCCCAGUCAUAUUACAUAUACUUGAUUACAACCUACUCCACCAACGCCUCACAAACAUGUUUAACAAGCAAUAACAGCAAAGAUAUAGUUGGCCUGAAGCCAGGAACUAGAUAUAAUAUCAGUGUCAUCACCAGAAUAGAACCAGGAAUUGAAUCCACGGAGGAACAGACAUUCAAUUACACACUGCCCAAAGCAGUGACCAACCUCACAGUGAGUGAAGUGAACACAACAGCCAUCCGGCUGACGUGGGUCAAACAAAGUGAUUUUAAGACUUCCUACUCCUACCUGGUGAUAGCGCUCCAGGACGCCAUAGAGGUUCAGAAAAAUCAAACAGAGACAGAGACUUAUACCUUCUUCCAUCUGACACCUGGAGAACUGUACACUUUUUAUGUGUUUACAGUUGUAGAAGGGGUCAAGUCCACAAGGGAAAACACAUCAAGUUACACAAGGCCUGAGGCAGUUUCUAACAUCAUAGCCAUAGGCAACACAACUACCAUGUCAGUGAGCUGGACCCCAGCAGUUGGGGCGGUGGUCUCCUACACUGUCCUGCUGUACAGAGAUGGGCAGUUGGUGGGGAACAGCACGGUUCUGAGCAACACUACUGUAACCAAAGUAUUUCAGCGCCUCAUACCAGGAGUGCUUUACUGUGUAGAGGUGUUCACCACAAGUGGAUCUUUUGAGAGCUACAGUCAAAGAAUUUGCAACGCAACUCUUCCCAACCCUCCUGGCCCCAUCACAGUGGUGUCUCAGACUGUGAAGUCCAUCAACUUUACCUGGUCAGUUCCAGAGGGCAUGGACCAUAAUAAAUACAACUUCAGUGUGUCCACCGUUAAUGGCUCCUAUCUGACUGAAAACAACUGGUUCCUGUUGGACAAUCUGGAAUCUGGAAGCCCCUACAACAUCUCUGUUGUUACUGUAGGCAUAUAUGGCUAUGAGAGCACAGCAGUGACAGCACAGAACUAUACCAGACCAUAUUCUGUAACCAGCCUGAGAGAGGAAGAAAUCACCACAAAUUCAGUGACCUUGGUGUGGGAACAAAUGCAGAGCAAAUCUCAUUAUUCAUAUGAGGUGCAAUUCACCAAUGGCUCCUUUUCUUCUUCUAAAGUAGUUUUAAACACCACUGACAAAAUCAUUGGACUUUCAUCUGGGAGCAGCUACAACUUCACUGUCACUACACAGACAGCAGAUGGCACUCGGGCAUCUCCUGUGACAGUCUCCUACUAUACACGGCCUCAUAGAAUUAGAUUGUUGAAGGCUGAAACCUUAAACACAACCACUGUAAAUCUGACUUGGGAAGUACCACUGGAGGAUAAGAGUGAAUAUAAAUAUCGGAUUCAGACAAGUGGCUGUGGCUCCCAAAACAAAACCAUUGCAGAAAACCGUGCCCAGAUCUCAGCGCUCACCCCUGGGACCGAAUGCACCUUCUGUGUUUCGGUCAGGGCAGCGAAUGGCAUCGAAGGGGAAGCAGAGUGCACCUCGCAGUACACUAAGCCUGAGACAGUGCAACCCAGCAUCUCCAGCCGGGGCUCCAAUAGUUCGAUCCUGGUGUCAUGGCCCAAACCUUCUGGAAAAGUGGAAUAUUACAAGGUUUAUCUAAACGGAACUUCCUCGGCUAUAGAGGAGAAAGAGCUUAACUCUACCAGUACCUCUUUUCUGUUUGAAAGCCUGUCCGCAGGGAGGCUUUACACUGCCAGGGUAAUCUCAUAUAGUGGACCCUUCAAUGCAUCAUCUGGAUCCAUCACUAAUGCAACUUUCCCUAACCCUCCCGGGUCAAUUGAAGUCCUGACAAAGACAACCAGUUCCAUUGAAAUUAGGUGGGAGGAAGCUCCUCUGAUGACCGGUGCAUCAUUCGUCUACAAACUGACAGACACACAAUCCCAGGGAGGUCGAAUCUUCACUACCAACACCACCAGUCACACUUUUGCCUCCCUGCUUUCUGGGUUUUCCUACAACAUCUCCAUCGUAACAGUGGGUGUCAUGGGUUUUGAGAGUGAGAGGGUUCACAUCUACUUUGUUACUACAAGACCAUUGAGUGUGGAGUCUCUUGUGCCACGUAAGGCAGAAGAGAACAACAUCACAGUCACAUGGAAAGAACCUGCUGAUUACAAAGGAGGUUAUCGUUACAAUUUGACCUGGCAAGGCCGAGAUGGGCCCAUCAGUAACAUAACAUCUAAAACUGAGUAUACUAUCUAUAACCUCGAUCCUGGCAGCCUCUAUAGCUAUAAUGUCACCACAGAGACCUCUGACGGAACACAGAGUGCUCCAACAUCGAAUUCCAGCUGCACAAAGGCAAGCCCAGUGAAACACUUAAAGUGCAACGGUCCAGACAAAGAAAAUGCACAAAUCGUCUUGUCCUGGACCGCACCCAGUGGCCAGCACUCCGGCUUCCUGGUCACUGUAAACGACAGCAAGAUCAGCAACUCGACAAACACCUGUUGCAAUCAGACUGUUUACAAUCUUCGUCACAAUACUGAGUACAAGCUGUCUGUGGAGACACUGAGCUGUGGAGAGCCCAGCACUCCUGUGUCUCUGAAAUGCCACACAGGCAUUACAGCUCCAAACAUUCCACCCAACUAUGAGUCACUGUUGUUGGUGAGUGAGACGGUAUACAACAGAUUCUCCCUUCAGAUUAACAGACAGCUGCUGAGUGACACCAAUGGGCCAAUCACACAUCUUGGAGUGAUGGUGACAAACAGCCCCUCUGAGCUUUCAGGUAAAGAUUUGAAAACAUACUUGGGGAAAACCUAUGAUCAGUGGAAGGCAAAGGACACUCCAGUAUACCUGGCAACAAUCAGAGAGACCAGUGUCCAGUCACGCAGUGGAGACAACGAUCUGAGCAUAGAAGUAGGAGAUGAAUCCAAAUGGAACGGUUACACUAAUGGUCCUCUGGAUGCCACGGGAAAAUACGUAUACGCCAUUGUGUUGUUCACAAAUCUGACUACGACAGAUGGCUUUGUGAAUGUUGAGUAUUCACUGGUCACAGUUACAAACUUCUACCCUACUAUUCAACUCCCACAAAACCCAGCUGUCAUUGGGAUUGCUGUCGGAGUAACACUGGGAAUUUUUUUUGUACUCUUCAUCAUCCUCAUUGGCUUCAUCAUCUACUGGAAAAGGUUAUCUAACAAAGAAUCAUCAGACAUUCAGAUUCAUUCAAUGAGAAGUGUGGCGGUGAGGGUGGAGGACUAUGAGGAUUACUACAAGAAGCAGAAAGCAGACUCCAACUGUGGCUUUGCUGAAGAGUUUGAGGACCUGAAGCUUGUUGGUACGGGUCAGUCGAAAACAAGCGCUCUGACUAUGGAGAACAAGCCCAAGAACCGCUACAACAACGUGCUUCCCUAUGACUCCUCUAGGGUGAAACUCUCUAUUAUCCAUGGAAGUCCCUAUGACGACUACAUCAAUGCUAACUACAUGCCGGGUUACAACUCCAGGAAGGAGUUUAUUGCAGCUCAGGGCCCAUUGCCCACCACAGUCAACGAGUUCUGGAGGAUGAUAUGGGAGAAGAACGUACAGACCCUCGUCAUGCUGACACGCUGUAAUGAGCAGGGACGAGUAAAAUGCGAGCAGUACUGGAGUUCCGGCACGAAGCACUUUGAAAACAUCACUGUGACAACAACCUCUGAAAUACCACUUGAAGACUGGACCAUCCGGGACUUUGACAUUAAAAAUGUGAAAACGGCAGAGACCCGCUCAGUGCGUCAUUUCCACUUCACAGCCUGGCCGGAUCACGGGGUACCAGAAACCACUGAACUCCUCAUCAGUUUCAGACAUUUAGUCAGAGAACACAUGGACCAAUACUCCAGACACUCUCCUACUGUAGUCCACUGCAGUGCUGGUGUUGGGCGCACAGGUACCUUCAUAGCCAUUGAUCGUCUGAUCUUCCAGAUUGAAAGAGAAAAUAUUGUGGAUGUGUAUGGCAUCGUCCAUGAUCUGCGCAUGCACCGGCCCCUAAUGGUGCAAACAGAGGAUCAGUAUGUGUUCUUAAACCAGUGCGCCAUGGACAUCAUCAGGUCAAGAACUGGAACCAAUGUGGAUCUAAUCUACCAAAACACAGCUGCACUCUCUAUUUACGAGAACGUAGAACCCAAAAAAGGUUUCCGCAAAAACGGGUACCACAAUGCAUAGGACAGAGAGAGUGGUCAGGUCUUCUGCUUCUCUCCUCACUCUUAGCAAGAAACUCAGCAGACAUUUGUAAAGGGAAUGCUUUAAACAGAUUGUGUUGUAUUUAUUGUUUAUACAUGUCAUGCUCUUGUGAGGGACCCUGUAGCUUUUUCUGGAUUCAAACCUCUUUUUCUGGUAUUUAUUCAUUAAAAAUGUUGAAUGUUUGACAAUAGAGAAAACUGUAUAUGGAGAUACAAUAGUGGACAUAAUCACUGACCAAAAAUAUUUUUGAUUAUAUGAAAACUUCUGUCUUGGAUUCUUUCUUUUAAUUGAAUACUUUUGUAUUGCUCAGUUGUUGUUGUUUUUUUUAUUUCUGCUUGCUUACUACUGUAUACUGUAUGACUUACUGAUGAUUACAUCUUUAGCUCAGGUAAUAUGUUGUUGCUGUAUAGGUAUUAAUACAGACAUUUUAGACAAAAGAAAAUCUUGUUAUUAAAUGAACCUUUAGUAUGGCUGCAUAAAAAAACUGCUGGUAUAAAUACUGUGCCUUUUAAAAACCUGUGUACUAUAAUACCAAUAGGUGGCACUCUUCUAUUUUUGCUUUACUGCUUAAGCCAAAACUAUAAAAGAUAAAGAGGGACUGUUGUGAUUUUACCUUGUUAUAGCAACCUUAGAAUUAAGUUUUUAAAUAUAUUGUAUUUUAUUGAAGUUUGUUGGAUUGGUACAACCAAUAGUUUUUGCACCUCUUAAGGCAAUUUGAACUGUGCAAUGCCUUGUAAUGAAGGAGUUUUGUUGUAGAGUCUUUUGUAUUUGAAUGCACUGUAGUGAAUAAUGCACUGGAUGCAUUUGUCUUUUUACACUGUCCACUUUUUAAAACUAUGAGAUGUUUAUUUUUAUCAGUAUAUUUCUUCAUUAUAUUUUGGCCAGUUCUUUGUGAUACUGUUUGUAACCUUUUUCUUGUCACCAUGCCUCUGAUUGUUCCAGUCUUACUUUGAUUAGUUUUUAAGAUUAAAGAGAUGUGUCACAUUAAACAAAAGCUCAGGAAAUCCAAGAAUGACAACUGAACAUUUUACUGGGAGGUAUGGUAAUAGAUCAACUAUACUGCGUCAAUGUCACAUCCAUUGUUGUGUUAAUGUCCUUAUUUUCUACAUUGUACAUUCCUCAUAGAAACAACAAUGUUAUAUCACUUCCUGCUACAUAUCUGGUCUGUCUAAUGGACAUUUCCUGAGAUGUUAAAAUCACCAGAGCAGCACAAGCCUUAUUUUCAGCUUCUAAAGGGCAGAAUUUUCCAUGAGGCAGGUACGGCUUCUUUGUAAAGAUAAUUAAUAUGUGCAGUUAGGCUGUAGAUAUUUUUAAGCCCAUGUUUUAUUUUUAAUGUAUCGUAAUGUACUUAAAACAAUUGAAGGCACUUGUGUUUGAGAAACAAGAAUAGCAAAUAGAUGCAAAGUUUCAGGAUGUUUUUGAAAUGCUUUAUGAUAUGCUUGCUGGUACAAUGCAAAAAUAUAAAAGAAGCAAGAUUUUAAUAUUUGAAUACCUUUUAAUCUGUCAAACAAAAUGGUAUUAAAGAUGUAACUACAUUUUUACCCCA